GUACGGUCAAAAUAUAGCGGUCAGGAAUUGGAGUGAAUGCAUUCCUUCUCUCUGUAAGAAAUGGCUAUGGCUAUGGCUAUGUCUAAAAACAGCAAAAAUCAAAUGGAGACCUGGUCAAGAAGAUCAAAUUAUUGCCCACACCUUUCGAUUCUUGCGCGCCUCACUCUCUCGUUCCCACCUCAUUAUUUGUAUGCAACUCACCCACUUUCUCUUUUCCUACAGAGGCAUUGACCUAAGCAUAUGUGCUUGAUUUUGCUGCAUUUUUUUCUGUCACCUAUUAAACACAUAAACAAUUUUACGCUUAACACCAGAUGGCGGAUGUCCCUGGUCCUCUAUCUCCCACACAAGCGUCUGAGAUGGAGAAUCUUGGGGAUGACAAGAAAACAAGGAUUGAGUCCUUGAAACAAAAGGCCAUCAAUGCCUCCAAUAAAUUUAGGAAUUCUUUGACCAGAAAAGGUAGGAGAAGUAGCAAGGUGAUGUCCAUUGAAAUUGAGGAUGUCCACGACGCAGAGGAGGUGAAGGUGGUUGAUGCUUUCCGCGAAGUAAUUCUUUCGGAGGAACUCCUACCCCCUGCUCAUGAUGAUUAUCAUAUGCUGCUCAGAUUUUUGAAGGCAAGGAAAUUCGAUAUUGAGAAAACAAAGCAGAUGUGGUCUGACAUGCUUCAAUGGAGGAAGGAAUUCGGUGCUGACACUAUCACAGAUGAUUUUGAAUUCAAAGAAAUCACUGAAGUCAUGCAAUAUUAUCCCCAAGGGCAUCAUGGUGUAGAUAAGGACGGAAGACCUGUGUACAUUGAAAAACUAGGCCAAGUAGAUUCUGCGAAGCUAUUGCAAGUUACAACCAUGGACCGUUAUCUCAAAUACCAUGUCCAGGAAUUUGAGAGAACUUUUAAUGUCAAGUUUCCAGCUUGUUCACUUGCAGCAAGGAGGCACAUCGAUCAAAGUACAACCAUCUUGGAUGUCCAAGGAGUGGGCCUCAAAAGUCUAAACAAAACAGCAAGGGAUCUUAUCACUAGCCUUCAGAAGAUUGACGGUGACAACUAUCCUGAGACCUUGAAUCGCAUGUUCAUCAUCAAUGCCGGUUCUGGAUUUAGAAUGCUCUGGAACACUAUUAAGUCUUUCCUUGACCCUAAAACUACAGCAAAGAUUCAUGUUCUUGGCAAUAAAUAUCAGAGCAAAUUUCUCGAGAUCAUUGAUGCCAGUGAGUUGCCAGAGUUUUUGGGAGGCACCUGCACUUGUGCUGAUCAAGGAGGGUGUAUGGUUUCUGAUAAAGGCCCCUGGAAAGACCAAGAGAUAUUGAAAAUGGUUCAACUUGGUGAUCAUAAAUGUACAAAGAGAAGUGGAUCUCAAAAUCCUGAGGAGAAGACAACUGCUGAGGAUGAGACUGUGCUCUCAAAGGGAAAUGACUCUUCCAUGGAGGUUCCAGCUCCAAAUAUUCCAAGUUUAGAGUUUUCACAAGUCGCACCUAUGAUUGCACAAGUUUCUUCAAAGUUUGAGGAGUAUGGCCCUAUAAUUGAGAAGACUGUGGAUAUGACUUGGAAAAAUUUGCCAGAGAAUGAUAAGUACGCUUUAACCAAAGCGGCACAAUGUUACACCAAUAAUUAUGAUGCUUGCAAGGUUCCUGAAGGCUCUCCAAUUUUUACUGGUUUCAUGACUUUUGUUAUGGGCAUCGUCACCAUGAUCAAAGUAACACGGACCAUGCCCAAGAAGAUGACCGACGCCAACAUAUAUUCCGGUUCUGUAUAUUGUGAUGAGACAAAGGUUAGAAACCGAGCUCACCAGCCAAUGGAACCUGGCAUCUCUGCUGCAGAUUACAUGGCUGUCAUCAAACGCAUGGAUGAAUUGCAAGAGAGAGUGAGUGUUCUGAGCAUGAAACCUGCCAUGACAGUUGAGAAGGAGGAAAUGUUGAAUUCUGCUAUAAGCAAGGUUGAUACCUUGGAGCAAGAGCUUAUGGCAACCAAGAAGGCUUUGGAGGACUCACUUACUCGACAAGAAGAUCUAGUGGCUUAUGUUGAGAAAAAGAAGAAGAAGAAGAAGAUGCUGUUCACCUGGUGAAGGAAGAACAAUGGAUUAUAGGAAUUGCAAAGAGAACUAUUGGUGAGCUGAUUUUCUGUUUUCCAGGAUCACCAAGAAGCAAUCUAGUUUAAGUUUUCUUGUACAAAGUAGAAAUCGAAGGUUUUGUCCGGAAGUAUGAUAUCUUCCACUUUUGUCUGCAUUAAAUUAUGGCACAUUACAUAUAUAUUCCAAUUAUCAAUACAAAUUGUUGAGCAUCUAUUGUAGAUUUAUAUUAUUUUUCUCUA